AUACACCUGCGCCUAAUAUGGAAAGGCAGCAGGAGGAGCACAGGUCACACCUCGCGAGUUCAGAUGAAAUCACAAUUGAAAAUAUUAUUAUGCACUCCUCGCAAACCGCCUGGCUGAACCUGUUAGUCCAGUAAAUUGAAGAUCUGAUGUUUCUCUUUCUGUGCUGGUGGUCAGUCGGUGGUUUAUCAGUAUGAGGGGAGUGUGGUUAAAGCGGCAAGUAUUAGUCCUGCUGGGGAUUGGGCUCGUCUUCUUCUUGGGCACGCUUUUUAAGAGCGGAUAUGAGCACGCGCCAGGGACCAAAGAGCUGGACUCACCUGCAAUGAUCAGGAGUUUUUCCGACCUGCAGGACAGCAUCAGCAAUCUCCACAAUGUAAUCCGAGCUCUUGGGCAAAAGCAUGAUUCCAUGCAGAAAAUGCUGGAAGAAGACAGAGAGAGACAUAGAAGAGCUGCAGAGGUCCAACAGCAGCCACCGGUCCAACAGCAGCCACCGGUCCAGCAGCAGCCAGAGCAGAAAGAGCAACCCGCACCAAAGAUCCAAGAACAAAAGGAGGCACCCAAGGCAAAAAAGUCCAACAAACUGUACCCCAACUCUGCUCUGUUCAAGGAGUGGGGUGAGAAUCUGUCAGAGGAUGACCAAAAAGAGGCGCAGGCUUUGUUUGAGAAGUACGGAUACAACGUUUUUCUCAGCGAUCGCCUUCCUCUAGAUCGAGUUCUUCCAGAUACCAGGGAUCCAAGGUGUGCAAAAAAGAGUUACCCAAAAGACCUGCCCAGUCUUGCUGUAGUGCUAAUCUACCUGGACGAAGCCCUGUCUGUCAUCAAACGAGCCCUGCGAAGCAUCAUUGACCGCACCCCUAAAGACAUACUGAAGGAGAUAAUAAUGGUGGAUGACAAUAGCUCUAAUGAAAACCUGAAGGGGGACCUUGACGCAUAUGUGAAGAUGCUUGAGGAGCAAAACCCAACUCUUCGUAUUAUUAGAGUGAGGCACAAUGAGCAGCAAGGCCUCGCAUACGCCAGGGCCUCUGGGUGGAGAGCUGCUACUGCUGAUGUGGUGGCCAUCCUGGACGCACACAUUGAAGUCCAUGAGAUGUGGGCUGAACCCAUACUGACACAGAUCAAGAGCGACAGAACAGUGGUGGCGUCCCCUGUGUUUGACAGAGUCAACUUCGAUGACCUCAAGGUCAUUCAAUACCUUCCAGCAGCGCACGCCUUUGACUGGGCUUUGUGGUGCAUGUAUGAGGGUUUUGCACCUGAGUAUUACAAGCUUAACGACAGCUCACUGCCUGGGAAGAGUCCAUCUGUCAUGGGAAUCUUAGUUGCUGAUAGGAAGUUUCUAGGUGAAAUUGGAGUCCUUGAUGAAGGAAUGAAAGUGUACGGCGGAGAAAAUGUCGAGCUGGGAAUUCGUGUUUGGACAUGUGGAGGCAGUAUUGAAGUAGUUCCAUGCUCCAAGAUCGCCCACAUCGAGAGGUACCACAAGCCCUACCUGCCGGACCUGAGCCCAGCCAUGAAGAGAAACGCCCUGAGGGUAGCAGAAAUCUGGAUGGAUGAAUAUAAACACAACAUCAACCUGGCCUGGAACUUGCCAUUUAAGAAUCAUGGAAUUGACAUUGGGGAUAUCACUGAGAGGAAAAAACUCAGAGAAAGGUUGAACUGUAAACCUUUCAAAUGGUACCUGGACAAUGUGUAUCCCAAGUUGGAUCCCUGGGACAACCUACUUGCCUAUGGAGGAAUGAAGAAUCUUGAUGCUGACAUGUGCAUAGACCAAGGCCCAGUGCCAGGUCACACACCCAUUGCCUACACCUGCUACUACUAUGGACCUCAAUUUUCAUAUUACCGCCAAACUGGUGAGCUCUAUAUUGGUGGCAUCAAGUCCCACAAGUACAACGACAACCGGUGUUUAACUGACACUGGCACAAAAGAAACCGAGCCUGGCCUUUACAACUGCAAAGAGGCCAUGCAGAAAGGAAUGGGGAUAUACUGGGAUUUCACUCAGGGCAAAGAACUGAGGAACAGACAGACAAAAAGAUGUCUUGAGAUUAAACAGGGCACACUCCUGAUACAGGAAUGCUCUGGCCAAAGAUGGCAAAUCCAAAACAUAAUCAAACCCUUUUAAAGUGUCUGUGUGGAAAACAAGAAGUUCUCUGCUCGUAAGUCAGUUGACAGUAAAAUGUAACCAAAAGAAUGCUUGUAAUUAUUUGAAUGUUCUCUUAUUUGGGAAGUAAAAAGUCAUUGAUUUUGUAAAUCGUAAGUUAGAGUUUAAGAUUAAUACUGACCAUGAUUUACUAAAGCACAAAGAGAUGUUAUAAUUCCUUUUGGAAGCAGGUGACUGGAAAAAACAAAAAAACAAAAACUGACACAAGUGAGCAAAUCCCUUGUUGUUUUGGUCUACAAAAUUAUGACUAAUGAUUAAAUGUGUCAGUGUGUUCAUAGAGGAACAUAUCCACUAUUAUGCAGCUUAGUAGCAAGUUAUUUGUUUUUCAGGGAUUUAGCCUUCCAGUUCAAGGACACCAAAUAUAUACAAUCAAAGCACAAAUACUAUUAUAUAAUUUUUGGACUUUCUUCAUAUCAAAACCUGUGAUGUGGCAAAAGUAAUGGGUUUAAGCUUUGUCUUGUUUUGGUGUUUAAUAAAGUUUAAGCAGCAGUGAUCAUAAAACAAUAAUGCUCUUAGUGAGAUGUAGUUGAUAUGAUUGUUGUUAAGCUUCAAAGGACUUUUAGUGAGAGUUCAGUGUAAAUGUUAAUUUACAGGUUUUAGUUCUGUAACAACUAAAGCAACAAAUGCUACAUUUCUUUGUAAUUUUAUGAAAUACCUUUGGUACUGUUGGGUAAAUAUCAAGUUUGAAAAUGUAAAUUAUUUUUAGUAAUGUAUUCCUUCAUCCUGUGCAUUGUCAUCUGUUAGAACAGUGUCUUUCAUGCAGAGAGGGAGUAAGGUGAAGGAAAAAUAAAUGAAGUAAAGGCCAUUGAAGGUAUAAAGGGUUUACAGAUUUACAGUUUACAGUCUAAACAUCAAUGUGCAUGUCUACAUGUUUUAUCAGCACUGUGAGCAGUGCACAGUUCACUGGAUUAUUACCCAUGCAGAACUGAAUAACCAAAAUUCUUCUGCAAAGUCUCCUUCAUAGAUUACAUAUUUCUCACCACAGCACUACAGAAUGGGAUUAUUAAAGAUUUCUUCAUUUAUUGUUGAUUGUCCACAUAAGGUUACAAUUUUUAAAAUCCUACUGGUUUAUUGAGGCUUUUUUUUUCUUAAUCCUGAGAAUGUUUGUAAGGGUUAACUGGUUCAAAGUUUAAUUGAUUUGUUUGGUGACUUACACUAUCUAUACUGAUUUUUGUACAAUUAAUAAUAUAUUGUCAAAUUGUUAAUUAUUUAACUCAGUUGUUAUAUAAAAUGUGUUGAGGUAUAUAAAAAAAGGUUGCAUAUA